AUGGCGGAGAAAGGACAAGAAGUGGGAGACAGGGGUAUAGAGGCAAAGGAAUACUGCAGUCUUGGCAACGCCUACCACAGUAUUGGAGAUUUCCAGAAAGCUAUAGAGUACCAUAAUCGAUACCUCAAAAGUUUGAAAGAACUGGGAGAGAGGGCAGGAGAAGGAAGAGCGUACUGUAAUCUUGGCAACGCCUAUCACGGUCUUGGAGAUUUCCAGAAAGCCAUAGAGUACCAUGAACGACACCUCGAAAUCUCGAAAGAAGUAGGAAACAGGGCAGCAGAAGGAAGAGCGUACUGUAAUCUUGGCAACGCCUAUAACAGUCUUCGAGAUUUCCAGAAAGCCAUAGAGUACCUUGAACGAAACCUGAAAAUUUCGAAAGAAGUGGCAGACAGGGCAGGAGAAGGGGGAGCAUACUGUAAUCUUCGCAACGCCUAUAACAGUAUUGGAGAGUUCCAGAAAGCCCUAGAAUACCAUGAACGACACCUCAAAAUUUGGAAAGAGGUGGGAGACAGGGCAGGAGAAGCAAAAGCGUACUGUAAUCUUGGCAACGCCUACGACAGUCUUGGAGAUUUCCAGAAAGCCAUAGAAUACCAUGAACUACACCUCAAAAUUUCGAAAGAAGUGGGAGACAGGGCAGGAGAAGCAAAAGCGUACUGUAAUCUUGGAAACGCCUAUAACAGUCUUGGAGAUUUCCAGAAAGCCAUAGAGUACGGUGAACGAGACCUCAGAAUUUCGAAAGAAGUGGGAGACAGGGCAGGAGAAGGAAGAGCGUACGGUAAUCUUGGCAACGCCUAUGACAGUGUUGGAGAUUUCCAGAAAGCCAUAGAGUACCAUGAACGAGCCCUAAAAAUUUCGAAAGAAGUGGGAGACAGGGCAGGAGAAGGAGGAGCGUACUGUAAUAUGGGCAACGACUAUUAUAGUCUUGGAGAUUUCCGGAAAGCCAUAGAGUACCAUGAACGACACCUCAAAAUUUCGAAAGCAGGGGGAAACAUGGCAGGAGAAGGAAAAGCGUACGGUAAUCUUGGCAACGCCUAUUACAGUCUUGGAGAGUUCCAGAAAGCCAUACAGUACCACGAACGAGACCUCAAAAUUUCGAAAGAAGUGGGAGACAGAGCAGGGAAAGGAAAUACGUACUGUAAUCUCGGUAACGACUAUUACAGUCUUGGAGAUUUUCAGAAAGCCAUAGAGUACCAUGAACGACACCUCAAAAUUUCGAAAGAGGUUGGAGACAGGGCAGGAGAAGGAAAAGCGUAUGGUAAUCUUGGUAACGACUAUUACAGUCUUGGAGAUUUUCAGAAAGCCAUAGAGUACCAUGAACGACACCUCAAAAUUUUGAAAGAGGUUGGAGACAGGACAAGAAAAGGAAAAGCGUAUGGUAAUCUUGGCAACAACUAUCAAUGUCUUGGAGAUUUCCAGAAAGCCAUUGAGUUUCAUGAACAAUACCUCAAGAUUUCCAAAGAAGUGGGAGACAGGGCAGGGGAAGGAAGAGCGGAUGCUCAGCUUGGCAACGACUAUUACCGUCUUGGAAAUUUCCAGAAAGCUAUUGAGCACCAUGAACGACACCUCAAAAUUUCGAAAGAAGUGGGAGACAGGGCAGGAGAAGGAAUAGCGUACGGUAAUCUUGGCAACGCUUAUAACAGUCUUGGAAAUUUCCAGAAAGCCAUAGAUUACCUUGAACGAAACCUCAAAAUAUCCAGAGAAUUAGGUCAGAGGGCAGGAGAAGGAAUAGCGAACUGUAAUCUUGGCGACGCCUAUCACAGUGUUGGAGAAUUCCAGAAAGCCGUUCAGUAUUAUAAGGAGAGUGUUAUAGCCUUCGACCACAUCAGGGGAAAUCUCUUAUCUAAUGACGAAUGGAAGAUUAGCUUUGGGAAUACGUAUGAUCGUAUUAUUUCGAGGGUAUGGGAGCUGUAGUUUAAGGGAGGUAUAGUCAUCGAGGCACUUUUAACUGCUGAUAAAGGACGUGCGCAAGCUUUAAAUGACCUUCUGGAGUUCAAGUAUGGCCUUAAAGGGCUACGACCAGAAAUAGGAACACUUUCUGCAAGAGCAAACGACUUUCCUAGUUACUUACCACCAAAUACAGCUUUCAUGGGUAUCAGCGAGGGAGGAAUAGUUCUCUGGGUGAACGAGAAAGGAAAUGAAAUCAAAACUAGAAGAACUGAGAUUGAUAUUUCCGUCACAACCUAUUUACAGUCUCUAUUGGAGACUGCACGUGAAGAAAUAGGAGUGAGAGCUGAUGUUAAUUGUGAGGAUCGUUCGUUAAGGAACCCAAGCGAUAAAAAGUUAGCAGAAGAAAGAUACAGUAAGUCAAAGUCUCAUCCUUCAUAUUUUGAGACAACGUCAUUACAAACAUGGUACAAUGUUGUUAUAGACCCUAUAAGAGACUUACUCCAGGGCGAUGAGGUUGUGAUUGUCCCACAAGGACCUCUGUGUUUGGCGCCUUAUGCUGCUUUCAUGAACUUGGAAUCAAAGUACCUCUGCGACACUUUUAGAAUUCGUCUUCUUCCCUCCCUUUCUAGUCUGCGACUAAUCCAAAAUUGUCCAGCAGAUUGGCACAGCAAGACUGGCGCCCUUCUCGUCGGCGAUCCGUGGGUACAGGAGGUAGUUUAUGAAGGAAUGACGCCAGAGCAGUUAGAGUGGGCCGAAAAGGAAGUGCAGAUGAUUGGGGAAAUACUUCAAACGGAACCUCUCGUUGGAAAGCAGGCAACUAAAGAUAAAGUCUUAACACGUAUCUCCACGGUUGCUUUAGUGCACAUUGCUGCUCACGGUAAAAUGGAAACAGGAGAAAUCGCUUUGGCUCCAAACACAACGCGUUCAUCCCCCAUUCCAGACAAGGAGGACUAUCUCUUAACGAUGAAAGAUGUUUUAAAGGCGCAGAUAAGGGCAAGACUUGUGGUACUUAGUUGUUGUCACAGUGCCCGGGGAGAAGUCAAAUCUGAGGGUGUGGUCGGCAUUGCACGGGCAUUUUUGGGUGCUGGUGCUCGUGCUGUUCUGGUGUCCCUGUGGGCGAUUGACGACAAAGCUACUAUGGAGUUCAUGAAAGUUUUCUACCAACACUUCGUUCAUGGACGAAGUGCCAGUGAGGCCCUGAAUAAAGCCAUGAAAUCCUUGAGAGAAUCUGACCGCUUUAGCGCAGUGAAGUACUGGGCGCCAUUUGUUCUCAUUGGUGAUGACGUAACGCUUGAGUUUGAAGGCAUCUAA